AAAUCCCAGUUAGCUUAAAUUAUGUCCAAUCUAAUAACUUCCAGCAUCAAUUACAAGUUACACUUUAAAACUCACGCAAAUACAAUCUGUUGCCUUGACGCCAGAAGAUCAAGUUGGGUACGGACUUUCCCAUCGACGAAACCCUCUGAUUUUAUUAAAUAAUUGUUUCUUUUCACGUUCCGCACUGCUUUGCAGAAAUCUCCCCUUAUGAAUUUACCUACCCCCCGGCGUUUUUAAAAGGAGAAAUUGAACUAGAGCAAUUGGAAAUUAUAGUAAACAAAUCUUGAAAGGCUUUGCAUGUAUUUAUCACGACUAUUGAAAUUCUCGUUGUUUUUAGUUUGAUUAAGUUUGACAAUUGUAAUAAAAGUACCCUUCGUUUUGUUAAACGAAAUAAGGCUCUUUUGAGUAGAUAGUUUAGCACAUUCUGUUUUUAAGACUGCGGUUGCCAUGUCAUUCCUUUCCGACUUAAUUCGUCGGCCGUUAUCCCUUAUUCAAGCAAUCGAGAAAAUAUUUAAGUGCUUUGCAAACAGGGUUUGUGAAUUAGAGAUUAAGAACUGGUCGCUCAGAACACACUCAAGGACUUCUUCAUUGGAGAAGCGUCAUGCCUCGCAAGUGCUAUAAGCUCAAGAGUUUUCUUAUAGUUCAAUUCUUUUUUCAAGGUUUUUUUCACGACAUCUUCGCUAGUUGCGAUGUACAACAGCUUAAUUUGGCCAUUUUGGUUGAUAACAAUUCGUCAAAUUCACACCAGUGGACUUCAAUAAUUACUUUACGAAAUGCCAUUCAGAAUUUUCAGCCGAAAACGACUUUUGCAAAAUCUGCCAAAACAAACUUCACGUAUAUAAACUGCGGAAAUUCAACAUCAAUUGCUCAAGCUAUAUAUGUGUUUUGCAAAACAUUAGGAUCGCAGCAGUUCCAUGGGGUGUUUUCUUCGUUAAAAGAUCCACAAAUUCAGGCGUUAUCGCGGUACGCGGGUAUUUCAGGACUUCCAAUCUUCAGUGACUCAACGAAUUCUAUACUUCUGAAUAAGGAUGUCUACAGUAGCUUCGUCUAUCUCCUACCCUUACGGGUAGUGCAAGCCAAUGCGAUAUUUACCGUGCUAAAAACACUAGAAGUCGAAAACUUCCAUCUCUUCUGUGACGCCCGAAACAUCAACAACACCAUUUGCUCCACAGGGAGCCCACUCCUCAAAUACAAAGACUACAACACAACCGGUGAUACCCGGACCGAGAUAUUGCGAGUACUUGGGCGAGUUAAGUACAGUGGAACUAAAGUGAUCGUCUUGGAUUGCGAGGAAGAUGGAGUAGGAUCCCUGUUUUCCGUAGCGGCCGAGUUGGGCAUGGUGACGAGGGAGUAUUUAUGGAUUGUGACUGAGCGUGUAUUGGAGACUCUGCAGGGAGGGAUGGGGAUGAUAGUGCCGUAUAAUGCCAUUGGAGUCCGACUGGCCCUAACAGCAAGUAAGAUAGCAUCGCGUGCAGCGUCGUCAUUCCUGAGCAUCGUGGACGCGCUUACUCUUGAAUCGUGCAACGCUGACCAGUUAAUGCCGAAGGCGCAUCUUUCGUGCUCCAACUGGAGUCAGUCAACAGCUGACGAGGCGAACAGGUACUUGACUAAAUCCAUAGAAGCAACAAAGGGUCAGAGAAAAAGUGAUCAUCACUAUGCUAUCCUAGGACGAACCCACUACACCGGAUUUGAUUUCCAGGAACUUACUAACUGGUCAAGUACCAAGGGGCUCACUGACCAGGGCAAGCACCAGUUGCUGUACAAGUAUGGCUUAUUUGGUCGAUCUUAUUAUGAUAACUCUACCAGACUGAGAAUUGUCACAAUAGAACAUGGAUCCUAUACAUACCAGAUUCAAAACAUGUAUCCCAAGUGUCCACCUGGCCGAAUCACGUGCUUACCGCGUGAUAAAGUGUGCGACAUAGGCGUGCCGUGCACGCAGUACAUCCCUGGCAACGACACGUGGAUAGCCAAGCCCAUCUGCAUUUCCGGUCAGAUGAUAGAGUUACUUGAGCUGAUCCGAGAAUACGUGCACUUUACUUACGAGUUCUACCUUAUUCGAGACCAUAAGUAUGGAAGCGUGGACCCCGUGACGGGGUUUUGGAAUGGCAUGGUCGGUGAUAUUAUAACAGGAAAGGCAGACAUGGCUCUUGCAACGUUGACAAUCACAGCGAGCCGUAGCCGAGUGAUUGAUUUCUCAUCCCCAUACGGGGAGGUUGGGAUAGGCAUCCUUGCGCGGACUGACACCACCUUGGGAUCUGUGGUCAACAUGGACUUCAUGAUUCCGCUCAGUUCACAGCUCUGGACAGUCAUCCUCGCCACGAUCCUCUUCGUUAUUAUAGUGUUGUGGGUUCUGGACCGCAAGAGCUGGGAAUGGUAUUUAAAGGGCCGCUCCCACUUCAUUCCCGACUACAAAAGACGCGUCAGCCUGCUUGAGAGUAUGACGUAUUCCUGGAGCACCUUCGUGCACGUGCAGGCGGGCACGGGUCUACCCAUGAGCACUAGCGCGAGGCUUGUUGCUUUAUUCUUCGCCCUUGCUAUGCUUAUUGUGAACACGAGCUACACGGCGGAGCUUGCAGCGUUCAAAGUCAAGGAACAGUUCGUACCGCCUAUCUCCGGCAUCGAAGACCCGAAGAUGCAGAACCCACCGCCCGACUUCAAAUUCGCCACUUUGAGAGACAGCAGCACCGAGGCGUACUUCCGGUUCAGCAAGGACGAGAAACUGCGCCGCAUCUACGAGCACAUGAAGGACAACAACGUGGAGAUGGUGGAGGAUGGCGUGGCCAAGUUGAUCAGUGGCGAGUUUAAGCUGUACAUUGACGACCAGCCGUACCUGGAGCAUCUCGUGUCGUCAAGCGGGAAUUGCAUGCUACGGAUGAUCGGUAGACCUUUUGGUAUCUCAGGGUAUGGUAUUGCGCUCGCCAAGAACUCGCCCUGGACGCGCCCCAUAUCCAACGCCAUUAUCAAACUCAACGACAUGAAAGCUUUAGAGAACCUUUGGAGCAAGUGGCUAAAGCGGAAAUGCGUCACGCAAGAUGAAUUCGGCAAGAGUCCCUCCGGGUUGAGCAUCGAGAACGUCAACGGUCUCUUCGUGGUGGUGUGUGCUGGUUUUGCCAUGUGCGCGCUUUUUCUUGGCAUAGAAACCAUGAUUUAUCAUUUCCGCGGGAAAUCGCGCGAAAUUGCGAAGCUCAACGGUUCAUGCCGCCGCCAGGAAAGGUUUUUUGCCACUGAAACGGAGUCUGGUCGAUGCAUGGAGAUGAGCAAUGAAGGUGCUGAAUCUAGCGUGACGGAUUUGUCGCGUUUGAGCGAUAGCUGCGAGCGGGAGAGAAGGUAAUCGAAAGGUGAUGCGGUGACAUAAACAACUCGAUGCAAGAGUCGAGCUGGAAGUAUUAUGCUAGAUUUUUUUUGUUUGCCAAUAAAUGAAAAAAAAAACUAGUAACAGAUUAUGUUCUCAAGAUACUAGAGAUAUAUCGAACGAUUAUAUUAUAUUGACAGACAAGUACAUUGAUUCGAUUACGAAUUGCGUGACGGAAAAGGCAAGGUGGCAACCAAUGUGGGAAGCUGUGCAAAACAUUAAAUACAAUAAUACAGGCCCAAGAACUUGAUCACAGCAAGGCAAAAUGGGGCGGUCUAGUACGUACAGUGUUGGGUAUUACGAUAAUAGCAAUAGAAUACCAUGACACUAGAGCAGAAUGGGGCGGUCUAGUACGUACAGUGUUGGGUAUUACGAUAAUAGCAAUAGAAUACCAUAACACUAGAGCAGAAUGGGGCGGUCUAGUACGUACAGUGUUAAAUGUUACGUUAAUAGCAGUAGACCACCAUGACACCAGGGCAGAAUGGGGCGGUUUUCAGCGUUUGAAUAAGCGGAGGCGCAUAAAAACAAAGAGCAGUGUUGUAUGGUCAAAGACAUCUAGUUGUUGCUGUACUAGCAGAAGUCCAUCAUGAUAUAGGUUGGUCAAAGUUUAUUUUUUUUGAUGUUAGACUUACAUUUCGUAUCUAGAAGUAACCCAUGAUCAGAUCAAGCCUUAAGUUACACUUAGUUGUAAGGUGCAUAUGUAAUGUAAAUUUUACCGGGAAAUAACCGAUAAUAAAGUACAAAUGCUUGUGAAA